AUGCUCGUACACCUGCGUCAUACAGACACAAUGAAGAUUGUCACCGUCCUACUCACCGUACUCUUUGCUUUCAUAGGCCAAGAAGAGGUCAGCGCCCAUGUCGGGCGCGGAACGCCAGUCCAUCACAAUCACAAGGCGCGAAUCGGCACAACGACGGACCAGACCCGUCCUCUCAACGUUCUUCGCCGCUCUCUUCACCGCGACAAUGCAGAACGAGAUGAUUACCUGCACGAGUCGAUCCACAACAACGUCAGAAGAGCAGCCGCCAAAGACGGUGUUGUGCUGCCUGCGUUCGUCAAGCGUCAAGCCACUUCGCACGGUACCACCGAACAGUCGGGGGCACAGCUCAACGAUCCAGCUGCAGAGUGCACGCCUUACGGUUUGCCCGUUAUCAGUGAAAUUGCGAGCCAGUUUCCUCCAGUGUGGCAACUGGCCGACAUUCUCCCGGGCGACACAGAGGCGAUGCAAUUGCUGCAGACCAUCAAUGCGUCCAACCUCAUCCCCUCUGGCAUUGGCGUUCGCGGCACCCAGCCAGGCUCCUUGAGCGGUGCCAAUCUGGAUGGCAACUAUAACUUGGCCCAAGACCCGGAUUGUUGGUGGACAGACGCUGGCUGCACCUCCCCUAAGCAUCCAGGCCUCUUGCCCGACAUCACCACGUGCAACGAGCCCUACACGUACGGAUAUACCUUCGAUGACGGCCCCAACUGCACGCACAACGCCCUGUACGACAUGUGGGCUGCAAACCAUCAGAAAGCAUCACUCAUGUACAUCGGUUCCAAUGUGAUGGAUUGGCCCUUGGAGGCACAACGGGGCAUCGUGGACGGUCACCACAUAUGUGCGCACACGUGGUCCCACCGCUACAUGACAGCUCUCACUACCAGCCAGGCUUUCGCAGAGCUGUGGUAUACGAUCAAGAUCAUCAAAUACGUCAUGGGUGUCACAGUCACUUGCUGGCGUCCUCCUUACGGCGAUGUCGACGACCGCAUUCGCGCAAUCGCUCAGGGUCUUGGCCUUCGAACCAUGAUGUGGGAUACAGACACCAACGACUGGAACAUUGCUCCAUACGGAACCAUUCCCACCGCCUCGAUGCGUCAGACAUACUCGAGCAUCAUCUCGAUGGCUACGGCGCCAGCAGCAGCCACGGGUGGGAUCAUCGUUUUGGAGCACGAGUUGGAGCAGUCUGCGAUGAACAUGAGCGUCGAGCAAUACCCUGCGGUCAAGGCCGCUUGGAAGCACGUUGUGCCUCUGACUGCCUGUCUCAACAUCACCCAACCGUACCCGGAAGAUAUCGUCUAUCCUGACUUUGCUGAAUACGUCAACGGCAAUGUCGAAGCCUCCGGUCUACCUAGCGGAUCUUUGGGCAUCAGUUCGACUGCCGAGGUCACUGCUCAGGGUACUCUCAGCGGGAUGGGUAGCACUUUCCCUACGGCAAGCGACGGCUCUGGCAACAGCAAAUCCACUUUGGCGCAGACUGCCCAGCCCACCGGCAGUGCUAUACGUUCCAGCGGUGGUAGCUCCCCGACAGGUUCUAGUCCGCAGCAAAGCCACCAGUCCAGUGGCGCAUCGUCGAUCUCGCCAGCCGCCAUUCUGCCUGUCGUGCUCGCAGCAGGCGGCACUCUGAUGGGCGCUGCGCUUGCUUUUGCCUAG